GUGGUCCUCAUCUAUGUGGAAGACAUAUCUUUGUUUCUGUCCUGGUCCAACCUCAAGGAAUACAUUGUCUGCAUUGCCCUGAUAUUUAGAGACUUAAAACAUUCAUUUGACAAACGAGAAAAAUGCAACAAUUCCCGCCCGAAAAUCUAGCAGAGCAGGAAGCGGAUCCUCCGGUGGAGAGAACUGAGGAUACGAAUUGUUUUGAAGAACUUAGUUUGAACAACUGGAGUUUUGUCGGGAGAGGGCGUCGUAGAGACUCUAUUUCAGUUAUCGAUCAACUAAGUGGUUUCGCAGACAGCGGAAUAUCAACAUCAAGAAAGCAACGAAGAAUGUCCGGAAGUGUCUUUUCUAAUCCGGCAUUCGAAAGAGGGUCCGGGGACUCGAAUGAUGACGUCACACCACUGGGUAAUAACAAGUACAUGAUCCAACGGAGAGGAACAAAGAUAUUCAUUCAUGGUUUGCCGAAACUGGAAGGCGAAGAAGGGCAAACUGAACGAGGGGAGGAAAUAAAUAUCGAAGAAACGGAAAACAAAAUGGCUGACUCGUUUUCAUGGUUAAUGUCAGGGCUUUAUGGACUUCAUAUUGUUCUGCUUGCUUUGGUGCUGAAAGUGACGCAGUUCGUGACUGAAGACAUAACCCCAGCGAUCAUCGAUUAUUACUACCUCUUCCUCUACUCGCUAGCAGCGGUGCUCAUGAUAGGAUACCAACCUUUGGUGACGUACUGCUACACGAAGAAGGAACACAUCGGGUUCGCGAAGAGCCAUCAUGUGAACAAUAGAUGGCUUAAAGGUGUGGUAGCAACGUUCGGCCUUGCUAUUAUAAUCAAGGACGGCUUGGAAUUCAUUGCAUUCCUCGGUAUUGAUAGUUCCAUGUGUCCUGACAAAGCUUUGUACGCUUCGGUGCCAAUAUUACACGGGUUGUUCAUUAUUGUACAAGUCAGUUUCUUAUUCCAUUAUUCCAAAGUUUUCAUUCAAGAUUUCCCAUCUUUAUCAAGGUUUGGGGUUAUGCACGUAGUGGCCACCAACCUCUCCAUAUGGACUGCUACCAUCAUAGACGAAACUGCUGGGGCGUUACUUGGGCAUGACGAAGGAACAACAGCAACACCAACUGGACCAACCCCGCAUUUAAACCAUGAUAAUGUCUCACAUAAUGUACCAACUUAUCAUGCUUAUAGCGGUCUAAGAGCUAGAACGCCGUUCAGCGUUACCGGUGCAUCGACUUCCCAUGGAAUAGAUCUUCUGUUUACCGGCAAUUGCACUUGCGACCAGGAGUUCUGCAAAACGAUAUCAGUUGCAGAGUCGUUUCUGUUCCCAUUUCUAAUCGAGUUCAGUCUUGUAGCGUGUUGCCUUUUAUACGUAACGUGGAAGAAUGUUGGAAAAGACCCGCCCGCGUGCCAACACAUCGUCAAACCGAGCUAUAAACUGUACAGGUCGUAUCGAGGGGUUAUAGCUGGCUGUGCCGUGUUGUUCGCUACAGUUGUCAUUAUCAUUGUACUUGCCACCACAUCGUCUGGUCUGCCUAAGGAACAACGAACAUAUUACACAGAAAACAAUUUCCUUCUAAUUUAUAAUGUGUUUAUGGUCACAAUCCAAUCAUUAAUGACAUUGGCUUGCGUUUGUGGUUUCUAUUUGUUCUGGAAAACAUCGCACGAGCAGAAACAAGAGGGCGAGGAUCUGGACGCUGCUCUGCUACUAAUAUGCCUGGUUGGGCCGAUCCUUGUCGAAACUUUCUCAGUGUUAGCAAUUAUAGUGGGAGACGACAAUAAAAUAUACGGAUGGAUUAUGAGCCUUGGGUAUCCGAUUUCUGACUCCAUACAAUGCGUUGGGCAGGUUAUCUUUAUUUUGUAUGGGUUGAAACGAGAGCCACUGAACACAAUAGAAACUAAAGAAACAGCGGAAGAAGUUCACAGAAGUGUUAGUCAUGCAAACGCGUUAAGCACGUUGUCUGAAAUAGACGAGGAGGGAUACGACUCUGAAUGCGACGUUUUUGAUGAAUCUGUAUCAAACAUUGGGGGCCGAACGUCUUCGUUACCGUACCAGCACCAGCGACGUGAUUCUGUAGCUAUGUAUGCGGCGAAUGUGGCUUCUGCAUAUUCAAACGUGGAGCGUGGAAGGUCCCGGCAUUUCAACAGAGCAGUGAAGCUGAAGGCGAGUAUUUGUGAGAAUUCGGACGACGAACCAGCACCCGCGGAAACCAACUUUUCAAGCGAAGAUUUGGAGCAGAAUCAACCAACCGUGGCCGUGGUUGGUCCAAUGCGAAACGAAAAGGUAUCGGUGCAGCAGGGAACAGAAGGCGGGGAAAUCACAACUAGUUCAACUGACGCCAAAGUUAUUGAGACCAUAGAACAACCGAAACGACAGCAUUUGGUGUCGAUUACUACACGCAGCGACGAGCAAGAUGAAACAUCAACUUCUCGCCAACGAAAGAACACUCUUGCAAGCCUGCCACCGAAGAGUUUAGCCAAGUCAGUUAAAAUUGUGGCUGAAACGAAAAUCCCGGAUCCCAACAAAACACGGCUGAUGCUUCGGGACAUAAUUAUGUUCCUACUGAUCGCAAAUGCUUGCUUGUGGAUGUUUUGGUCGUUGGAAGGCACAGCUUUUGUAAUAUACACAUAUCCAUACGUAUACUAUGGACACAGCGCAUGGACAACUAUUGCUAUGGUAUGCAAACCGUUGCUUAUUUUCUUUCGUAUGCAUUCAGCCGCUUGUUUAUUUGAAAUGUGGUCAUUUGCAUAAUAAGUAUUCACUCUCAUGUUGAAGCAAAGUGGGGCAAGAUGGGACAUGUUUUUUCUCUUUCAUCCUUACAAUUGACAGCAAACAAUUUUUUUUUACAGUUUAGCCAACUGCGUUUUUUAUCACAAAAUAUGGGAUUUAGCAGCUAACGAUGUCCCAUCUUACCCACAGUGCAAUGUCUCGCUUUUCCCCACUGUUGUUAAUUUACAAUUCACUUACACGCCCAUGUCACCAUAAUCGUCACUACCACUUAUUUCUUCUGUUAAUACAACUCAUAAUACACGAU